GACGUCGGUAGCCACCUCUCUAGGCGGCGGGAGGCUCCCGAGGGCGCCUCGCUGGUCGCGCCGCCAGCCAUGGUGCUGCUGCGGAAGGCGCUGGUGGUCGUCGCAGCGCUGGGCGCCGGGGCUGGGCUGGGCUCCGCGCUCUUUGCUCUCGUGACCCCAGGAGAGCUGCAGAAGCAGGCGAUGCUGAAGGAGAUGCCGGAGCAGGACCCGCGGCGCAGGGACGAGGCGGCCAGGACCCAGCAGCUAGUGAUGGCCACUCUGCGAGAGUCUGUGGCCACGCAGGAGAACGUGGCCUGGAGGAAGAACUGGAUGGUCAGCGGUGGCGGGAGGUCAGCGUGAGACGGACCUGUCUUCAUGGGCGCUGAGACCUUGGGCGCGGGAGUCCAAGGCGACCUUUCCCCCUCCGUGGGCCCAGCGGGGAUUGGGGACCAGGGGUGCCGCUCCCAGGACUCCUCGGGCCCCGGGGAGUAGCCCCGGCUGAGCACGUCCCCCCUAACUCCUGCCCUGGUUGCUCGCAAGUCCACGUCUCAGGCCGAGGCCGAGACACGGGGAUGGAAUGUGACGAACUGAAGGAACCAAUAAACCCCGUCCCUCCGCGCGGUGAGUCCUAGAGUGCUGGCCGCGCCGAGAGGUCGAAGCCAGAUAGGUUUAGCGGCCACGUUUUCAAUGCUGUCUCAGGCUGUGUGAUCUAAGUUUGCAUGUACUACCCGGGAUAACCAAGCGACACUCUCGAAGUCAGAGCUGCCCUAGGGAAUGUUGUAGCCAUGGAUGCCUAUGGAGGACCCUCGGGGCUCCUGUCCCCUGAGAUUGGAAAGGGACCCUGCUCCCUGGUGAUGCCUUCUGUGGAGUUUAACUCUGGCUAAACUAGCUUAGAGAGGCUCACUCACUAGCAGUAGCAGACGGAACGUUCUUUGAGUCAGUCUGUUCUAUAAGAGGUGGUAACUUUCUUGAGCAUGUUUGUAAAGAGAUUAAUUUAGGAUGUAAAAUGCAAUGCCUGGCACAGAGCAGCCUCUCAGUAAAUGUACUGGGGUUA